AUGCGUCUGCUCUGGGCACCCCGCCUGUGCCACGGGUGUCCUGUGCUCUGUCCCUCGGCCGCGCCCACAGCCUGCCGGCUCUGUCUUGCCCCCUCUGCUCUGAGACUUGGGGAAGGAGAUUCGAGCCCUGCCUGCCCCUCCCCAGUCCUGCAGCUGCACAAGGCUCUCCAAGACAGGUGCAGCACAAGCUUCGGAACCUUAGAAUGUGGUGAGGAGUCCAGAGGCCCAGAAGAACCCAGAACCCAGCGACAGCUCCCGGAAACAGGCACACACUCGGACUCAGCAGCCAUGCCCGCCGUGGCGGCAGAGGGCCCGAGCGCAGCGCGGGCGGUGGUCCGCAGCCUGGGGGGGUUUGCACUGGGCCUGGCCUUGGCCACGGCCUACGGGCUCCUGGAGCUGGUGGCGGAAGGGCACAGCCCCUGGGGCUGCCUGGCGGGCACCCUGGCUCUGGCCGUCUUCCUCGGCCUCGGCAUGGCCUUCUCCGGCCGGGUGCGGGCCACCGUCCUGCUGCUGCUGCCCCAGGCCUUCUCCAAGCAGGGCCGGACCCUCCUGAUGGUGGCUGCCUUCGGGCUGGUGCUGCAAGGACCUUGUGCCAACACCCUGCACAACUUCACCCAGGCCAGCAAGGCCGUGGCCUGCGGAGCGGAGCUGGCCUUGAACCAGACCGCUGAAGCAUUGGAGCGGGCCAAGCAGCCCCUCAUCAGUGCACUGGACAAGAUUAAGGCCAUUGCCCAGAAGGCCAAAGAGGUGGCUGACCGGGUCCGCAAGUUCUUUCGGUCAAUCAUGGAUGGCGUGAGGCAUGUAGCCAGGGCGCUGCGGAACGUGUGGUACUGGCUCCUCCACAUCGGAGACGUGUGCAACGCCGAGCUGGGCAACCCCUACGUGAAGUGCUCGCGGGCCUUCGACGGCGCCAAGGACAGCUGCAUGGGGGCCAUCCCGCGGGCCUACCACCUGUGCUACGUGCUCACGCCCUUCAAGCUGGUGCUCUGCGGACUGGCCAGCGUGGUCCAGGUGUUCUGCGUCAUCCCCAAGUACAUCCAGCCCUUCUUGCGCAAGACCAUUGGCAUCCCUGUGAGGGAGUUGAUUAACCGGGUGCGUCAGGAGUUUGAGUUCAACGUAACCGCCACCCAUCACUUCUCCGUGGACCUCAACGCCUCCCGGAGCCUGUCUCAGGUGGCCCUGGACCUGCAGGAAGCCGUGAGCUUGAAGCUGCUCCGUGUCCGCGAGGUCAUGCUCCUGAUGGGCUACGCCACACCCCUGCUGCUCACGCUCCUCUACCUCCAAGCCCUGUUUUACCGGUACUGUUACCUGAACUGGAUCAGUUUCGACAACGUCUACAUCACCCGCCGAUUUCUGCUCAUGGAAGACGCCCGCUCAAGGGCGGGGCUGCCCACGGUGCUGCCGCUCAGUGCGCACGAGGCCAGGCACUACAUCCAGCCGGGUUCCAUCUUCCUGUCCCGGUGGGAGCAGAUUUUUUAUAUCCUGGCGAUCUUCAGCCUUGUCCGGUACCUCCUCCUGGUGCUGCUCCUGGUCUUCCUGGACUAUUCUGUCUUCUGGGUGCUGGACCUGGCUCGGCACCAGCUGCAGGGGGAGAUCGUGGCCCGCAGCCCCGUGUUGGUGUCCGUGACCGUCGAGGGCGCUGGCUACACCUGGGAGAUCUACCGGGACCUGGUGUCGGCAUUCGACGUCCUGCAGCGAAGCAACAUCAGCGUCUUGUCCCCGCGCUGUGUCCUGCGCCCCUCGGAGCCUGACGCCACCGGUUACGUCGCCAUCGGCAUCAUGUACGGCCUGUGCUGCUUCGUGACGCUGUUCGGCCACUACGUCAGCCGGCUGCGGCGGGCCAUCUGCGCCUCCUACUACCCGUCCCGGGAGCAGGAGAGGAUCUCCUACCUUUACAACUUACUUCUGAGCCGCCGAACCAGUCUGUCGGCUGCCCUGCACCGAACAGUGAGGCGGCGGGCGGCUGACCAGGGCCACACGAGUGUCCUGCAGCUGCUGGCCAGGCGGUGCUCCCGUCUGGCUCCGGUGGUCGCCCACUUCUGGCCGCCGCAGCAGCACUGCCUGGGCUGCGCGCAGGGCUACGGCGGGGAGGAGGCGGAGGACUUGGUGUCCUGCGCUACCCCCGGCUGCCCGGGCCUCUUCUGUUCUACCUGCUUCCGUCUCCUGGACAACACGUGCUCCGUGUGUGCGGCUCCCCUCUCCCACCAGGGGGACCUGGAGCCCGAGCUGGACUCCAGCGACGAGGACGGCCCCCCGCCGCGGCUGGCCGCAGCAGCUCCGACGAGGGCCCCUGAGCGGGAGUGGUUGCUGCGCCCACAGCUGCCGGAAGCGCUGGGCAGGACCCUGCCUUCGGAGUCCAGCCCCGAGGCCAGUGACCUGGACGAGAAGGGGGCUCCGCAGAGGGCAGAGGACACAGAGGCCCCACCUGAGGCCCUACCUCGCAGGAUUCCCACGCCCCCUGGGCCCCGGAGCAGCCCUUCUCCCGCUUCAGAACCCCAGCUCCUCGGUCUCGUACCGCCCUCUCCUCCCAACCCCUCGCACCUGACCCCCAAAUAAAGGACCCAAAAGCAAA